AUGGGUACUCAUAAAGAAUUGGAUUCUUUAAAACUCCAAUUACUUAAAGAUUUUUUGUUAAAUAAAAAUAAACUUAGUUCUUACAUUGUACAAGGAUUUCCUACGCAUAAAAGAACACUUUUCGAUAUUAUUACAUUGACUUUAAAUGAUGAAAACGAUGACGACGAUGAAAUGAAUGUGUUUAUUAGAUUUGAGAGACAAGUUAGAAGUAAAAUAAAAAACUUUACCGAAGUAACUGUAUUGGACAUGACAGACAAGGACUUCAAAAUUCAUUUUAGUUUGACAAGAGAGAGUAUUGAGUUCAAGUGUUCCAUUGAAAAACAAAUACUGGUGUUUACAUGGUAUAUGGCUAAUUGUGAAACACAUCGACAAAUAGCAAAUCGAUUUAAUCUAUCUGAUAGCACCAGUCAUGGGAUUAUUAUAAAUUGUUUGCUACAAAUAAAUACCCUUAAUAGAGUUUUUAUACAAUGGCCAAGCGGUCAAAGGGCAAUAGAAACUGUGGAAAAAUUCAAUGCCUUAAGGCAAACUUCUUUUCCAAAUGUUAUUGGAGCUGUUGAUGGCUGCCAUAUUGCCAUAUUAGCACCUUGGAAGAAGAGAAGUGUGAUGCCAAAAUUAGAUAGGAAUAUGUUUUACAACCGUAAACAAGUUCCAUCAGUAUUGCUUCAGGGAAUCGUAAAUGCAGACCAAAUCUUCAUAGAUGUUUUUGCCGGUUGGCCUGGCUCGUCUCACGAUGCUAGAGUGUUUCGAAAAAGCACAAUAGGGCAAAAUAUUUUAGAAAAUCAUGGCUCUAUACUCCCCCCCAAUUGCCAUAUUUUAGGCGAUGGAGCAUAUCCAUUAACCGAAAAAAUUAUGGUGCCAUAUAAGGAUAACGGUCACCUUACACAAAAUCAAAAGAAUUUUAAUAAGAUUUUAAGCAGUUCACGUGUGGUCGUCGAACAAGCUUUUGGAAAACUUAUUGGAAGAUUUCGAAAAUUAAAACAUAUGGAUGUAUACCAUAAAUCGUACUGUGCUAAGAUUAUCACCGCUGCAUGUUGUCUACACAAUAUUUGUAUGACAACUGGAGAUGACUUUGAUGCCGAUCCAUAUGUGUCUGAAAUAGAGAUAGGAGGUGAUCUACAUGAAGAUGGGACUAGAAGCGGAGUAUUAAAGCGUAAUACAAUUUGCAAUGCAUUGCUACUACAAGAUCACAUUUAA